GCACGGCUCGCCUAGUGCCGCUUGUGCCCAGAGGCGCCGGGAGCAUGUCGACCCCGUUUGAGGAGCGCAGUGGGGUGGUGCCCUGCGGCACGCCGUGGGGCCAGUGGUACCAGACCCUGGAGGAGGUGUUCAUUGAAGUGCAGGUGCCGCCAGGCACCCGCGCCCAGGACAUCCAGUGCGGCCUGCAGAGCCGGCAUGUGGCGCUGGCCGUGGGGGGCCGCGAGAUCCUCAAGGGCAAGCUCUUUGAUUCUACCAUAGCCGAUGAGGGAACAUGGACUUUGGAGGAUAGAAAAAUGGUUCGUAUUGUUCUUACAAAGACGAAGAGAGAUGCAGCAAAUUGCUGGACUUCUCUUCUGGAAUCUGAAUAUGCAGCUGAUCCCUGGGUACAAGACCAAAUGCAGAGGAAGCUUACAUUAGAGCGCUUCCAAAAAGAAAAUCCUGGUUUUGACUUCAGUGGAGCAGAAAUCUCAGGAAACUACUCUAAAGGUGGACCAGAUUUCUCAAACCUUGAGAAAUAACCAGUACUCGUGAUGCUUUCUGUGGAUCCUAGCAGAUGCGUAAUCAAAGAAGCAGAUCAUGUGAAGAGGGAAAAUGUGGAUGCCUCCAGUUAACACACUGACAAAUAUAUUUAAUUGUGGUUCUAAAAGUUGCAUUCAAAUAUGGUUUUAUGUAGAAAAUACAUACUCUGGGAACUAUCUAUGAAUAUAUGGUAACUUUUUUUGGACUUGUUUUUGCUCAGCAUGAAGUUUUAUAUAAAUUGCAUUUUACUAAUUUCAUAUUAAUUGUAUUUUUAAUACAAAAACCAGUAGGUUAUAGAUCAUGUGAAAGGGUGCCUUCAGGGAUUUUUUCUUUUCUUUUUUUUUUUUUUUUUGAUAAGUGUGACACAGGAAUAAUGUUCAAUAAACUUUUCUAAAUAGGAAUUGUGUACCCCUUUGUCUAUUUACACAGAAAAAUAUUGUACUGAAAAAAAAUUAAGGCAGAAAUUAGACCCACAAACAUAUUUUGAGUAAAUUUUAAGACCUAAUGAAAAUUUCUUUGUUCACAUAUUAUUCCUGAAGAGAUUAUGUCAAGAAAUUUAAAAAUAGUUUGAGAACAUAUCAGGAAUGGGUUAUUAAGGAGAAAUAACAAGCUAAGUGUUAUUGGACAGGUGCUUUGUCAGUGGAGAAACCGUAUUCAGAUCAUUGAUUGGCAGAGCUAUCAUUUUGACUUUGAGUGAUCCAAACAUCGAGGAAGGAAUCGUUGAGGUUUCAUAUCAGCCUUUUUAUUUUCUUUUUAAUCCUUAAAAAAAUUAAUUUCCAAAACAGAAAUCUCAACACAGAAACAAUAUAAUACAUAAGGUACAUAGUUUGUUUUUUUUAUGAACUCUGAAUUAGUAGAGGACAUGUUGCUUCAUCUUUGAGCAGACCAGUAUGUAUUUGCUUCAAGCAAUGACAUUAUCUUACCUAGCGAGAGUGCACCAUUGAAACCAGGGCACCUUACACUUCAUAAUUCGACUUAGAGGGGCAUUUUUAGCAGUUGUUAUAGAAGUGGUCAUAAGUUAUUACAUCCUGUCAUGAUUAAUAUAUUUGAAUUUAUUUCAUUUCUGAAGGCGUUACUUAGAUCACCAGUUAAGGUAGUAUUUUUCAAACUUCUUUGUAAAGUUCUUAUGUAUAUAGAUAUUUUAUGAGCAGUUAGUUGCAACAAAACUACCUUGUUUUACAUCAGAAUUUCUAUUUAUUUAUACCUCUGAAGAUUCAUGAUUUUCUAUUAUUUUCACAGAUUAAAAAUUAUUAUUACGUUGAUGUAAGUUGUUAUACAUUUGCAUUAUUUGAUCUGGCUUUUGUAUAUCUUUUUGUAAUUUUCCUUUCUUUUCUUUGUGUAAUUUUUUACUCUCUGGUAAAAGAUAUCCUAGACUCACUAUGUUUACUCUACUCCAGCCCAAGAUGUGCCAUUUUUGCAAAAAAUUUGAAAGCCAAGAUUGGAUACUAGUGUGUAAUUGUUUUUAACAUAUAUUUCCAUGUAUGUGUAUGUUGAAUGCUGUGAGUUCAUAGUUAAAGUUUCGAUUCUAAUAUUAGGAGGUUGAUUCUUAUUUUCUCCUUUUCCAUGUUUAUAGCUUCCUUUUAUAGCAGUGAGAAACCUGAUUCCUACUGCUCGUGUGUUUCUCCGAAAUGUAGGUCACCUCAUCUCCUUCCCGGGGAAAUGCGUGCCAUCCUUGUGAAAGUCCAACAUCCUUCCCUUACUCACUGGAGUGCAUAAACCCCGUUAGGCAUACCUUGUUGAUUUUAUCCAGUGCUUUUGGAUUGAGUUGUUAAAGAGAGAAAUAGCUUUUUUCCCCUUUAAAUUGUCUUAUCUUUUUGACAUUAAAAAAACUGUUUUAAAAAUACACAUAUAUUAUAAUUAACACUGGUGUAUUUAACAAAUUAUUGCAGAGAUAUAGAUAGAUAGAAACAGUUCCAGUCAUCCUGCUCCUAUCCUAGAAGCCCUGGAAACCAUGAUUUUGUCUGUUUCUAUAGUUUUGCCUUCUCCACAAUAUACGUUGAAUCAUAUAAUAUUAACAGCCAUACUGAGACAUAAUGUAUAUGCAUUUAUCCAUAAUAUAUAAUAUCUGUAAUAUAUAUCAUACUAUAUACAACACUGAUUUUAUCUUAAGUAGAAAUCUUCUUUUUGCUACUAUCCCUCCCUUCUCCCCAUCCCUUGUCAGCCAAACAACCACUGAUUCAUUUUCUUAGUUCCCUGUACCAGACAUUUCUUGUAUGUGCAAUUAUAGUAUAUGUGGUCUUUGGUAACUUGAUCUCAGUGUGUCAGAGAUUCAACCAUGUUCUAGCAUAUGAUAUUUUUUAAGAAUCAUGUAUGAUCACAUGGCUG